AUGGAGCUCUUCAGCAUCGAUCAUGAGGAACCGACCGUCACGACUUCAACUGGCGACGAUGCAGUGAGCGACGUCUUCUUCCCAAGUCGCAUUCCAACCAAAGCCAUCCAUGAAUUCCUACUUGCCAACACCGCACCGCCUUUGCUCUAUUCGAAUCCUCAACCACGGGAUGCUAUGCACAAUCAGAUCGAACCUCCUAAGGAUGUGGAAAACUACCUGAGCUACACUUCCGGCAACCUAGCCUACAUCUUCCAUGCCACACUGGACGAGGUCGAGGAACUGAGAAAGACCUUCAACUCCUUCGUCAGCAAGAAGAGUUUCGACAGUCAAGUCUUGGGAUACAGCAGUUCCAAGGGCUUUGGAAGUUCUCAGUUUCUCAGCAACAUCGAGAGCACUCUAGUCAAUGACAACGGCAACAUCUACAGUACCGAAGAAAGAGCAGGCAACAAAGAUCUCCAAGCCGCAUUCCAACAAACACCCAAAGAGCGAGAGAAGCUUGUUAACCGUAUUGAAAGUUCCAGUCCCAAGAUGCGUCACCUUUUGCGGGGAGGACGUUGGUCAUCGGAAUCUAAUGCUCCAGAGCAAACAGCCCUCAACACUAUGCGGUUCUACGCUGUCAAAAAGCUGGUCGAUGUAUACGAUCCACGGGGCGUGGCGAAGACGUUGGACGAAAAGCCCGUUCAUGUAAGGCAGGAGAGAGCGAUCGCAAAACUUAAGGGCGACAAGGAAUGGAGGGCUAUCAAGUCCAAGAGGUUCAUUUAUGACAGUGAGGAUGAGAUCAAUGGACACCUGGUCUGGACCAGAAAGAAUCGGUUGAAGCGGGAGGAAAAAGCGAGCAGAGAGAAGCGAGAGAAGUUGCAGAAUAUGCUGAGGGAGGCAGAGAAGCGACGAAAGAAGAUCGUUCCUUUCAGCAUUUGGUGUGCUUGUCACGAUGCAGACAAGGAGAAUGUCGAGGGACGCUUCAGUGAUCUUCUUGAGACGGAGAAUGACCGGACGUUGGCGGAGCAUUGGUUGAAGCUCAGGUCCUGGAAUGACGAGGAGAAAGAGCUGAAGCAAGCGCUGUCAGAAAUAGAGAAGGAGAUCUCGAGGUGCGGCGUGGUGCUGGAGGAAGAGCAGGGCAGACAGGUCACUUCCUUCCCGCCAAAGACGACGCAAAAUACGACCUCCUGCAGCCCUUCCUCUCCGACAAGCCCGGCAGACUCCGCCAUGUGUAUGGACGAGGACACCGCGGAUGUUGCUAUGACAGAAGUCUGCACUUCACCCACGCUCGCAGCCAAAUCAGGAGCCGAAGUCGAACGAUCGAAGCUUAAGAAAUGGCGGAAGCUAUCUCUUUACCAGUUCAACGCAGUCGUGAAAGCCGCACGACUGAGAGGAAAGCCAGAAGAUGGGAAGACUGCUGAGAAGCAGUACGAUGAAUUAGUCAACGGCCCUGGAAUGGCAGGAAGCAAUCUGGAUCUUGAGAUGUGCUCUUAA